UAUGCGCCCACCCCACACACGCACACAGGGCAGCCGAGCGACCGAGGUGACAGUCUGCGCGCACAUUUGUUCGACGGGUGUAUUUAACUCCUUUUGUACUCUUUAUUGUGCGUUUCCAAUUGUGGUUUAACACCUGGGGCGAGCUUAUGUGAUUGUUUUUGAUGAUGUGCGGACACUAACUGAUACAUGCUAAUCUUUUGUUAUAGCUUUAUCAGCAGCUACUUGUGAACGCGAAUUUGAACUGCUGUUAGUGAAGAUGAGACUAAUUUAAUUUCAUUUUAUUUUAGUUUCAUUCUGCGAAUGUUGAUGCCGUGUGUAGCUGAAUAAAGUCAGCUAAUCACAUGGACGUCUGUCGUUUCGGAGCUUAGCUCGCUGUCUAGCUAGGAAUUAGCUCCAACGUCUUAGAGAGGACAGUACAGUGACGUAUAAUCAGUGUUGUUAAUCUUACUUUUAAAAAAAGUAAUUAGUUUCAGUUAAAUUAAUUCUCCCAAAAAGUAAUUUAGUAACUCAGUUACCUGAACGUAAGAGUAAUUAGUUACUCGCAAAGUAACUGAAGUUACUUUUCAUGUUCUACAUGUUAUUACAUGAUCCGUUCUAUAACGUCCUCCAUAUCAAGUACGUUUACAUUAACUGUUUGAAUUGAACUUUUUCAUUAAAAAAAAAAAAAAAACAUAGGUCACCCUUUUUACAUUUAAUUUUUUUUAAUCUACUGUAUAUAAGAGUGUAAUGGUAUACAAACUUUUAAGUUUCAAAUGCUGUGAGAAAAAAAACUUUUUUCUGUAUUACUGAACCGUGACUUUGCGUACUGUCACACCCCUCAUAUAGAUAGGGCGGAAAACACAGACAAGACUGAAAAAGCAUUUUCUGCUCUUGCACUCCUCUUUAAAAGAAACUGCUGUAUUUUAAGCCAAAAGAACUGUUGUGUUUGAUAGAACAAUAUGUCUAUACGCUGCCAUAGCAGAUUCAUGGCACAUUAAGCCCCCGAACUAUUUUUAAUUUGUCUAUUUUAACCUGGAAACCCCCGUUUACAGACAUCGCGCAACCGCUUUUGUUUCAACCCAGCCAUAAAAAGAAGGAUUGCCAAAUAUGCGAGUCUCGUUCCUCUGCAUUCCUCUCCAUUGUUGACUUAAACUUGCGAGCAGUUGCUGAGUGUGCCAUCCUCCCGGCAGAGGUGGAAGAGCUCCUGGAAUCGCCUCAACUUAAGGCCGGUGAUGGCGUCUGCUUGGAAGACGAUCUUGUCUGUCAACCAGUACCUUGAGGACAAUGGAGACAAGAGAACUGACCCAUGGCUGCUGGUCUACUCGCCCAUCCCGGUGGUUGUCAUCAUUAUAAUGUACUUGAUCAUGGUGUGGGCGGGCCCACGGUUGAUGAAACAUAGGGACCCCAUUGACCUACGGAAGGUUCUCAUCCCUUACAACUUGGCUAUGGUGGGCUUGUCGGUCUACAUGUUCCAUGAGUUCUUGGCAACUUCCUGGCUCUCCAACUACAGCCUGCGCUGUCAGCCGGUGGACUACAGCGACACACCGCUACCUAUGAGGAUGGCGCGGGUGUGCUGGUGGUUCUUCUUCUCUAAAGUCAUUGAGCUAAGUGACACGCUCAUCUUCAUCCUCAGGAAGAAGAACAACCAGCUAACUUUCCUUCAUGUCUUCCACCACGCCACCAUGGUCUUAAAUUGGUGGUUUGCUAUCAAGUACACAGCUGGCGGACAGUCCUUUUUUGUAGGCAUGCUCAACUCUUUGGUCCACUCUGUGAUGUACACUUACUACGGCCUGGCUGCUAUUGGUCCUCACAUGCACAAGUAUCUGUGGUGGAAGUCAUACCUCACCUGCCUGCAGCUGUUCCAGUUUGUCCUGGUUCUCAUCCACACAAGCUACAACCUCCUCGUCCAAUGUGAUUUCCCUGUCAUUACCAACGUUGCAGUGUUUCUUUACACCAUCUUCCUCAUCAUCCUCUUCGGUAACUUCUACCGACGCAGCUACCUGGAUAAAAGGAAGCAGAAGUAAGACGGAAUCUUUGGAAUACAUCCUUUGCUGCUAUGUGCAUACUUACCGCCAGAGGGCACUGUCUGUCCGUGUUCUCAAUGAAAAAAAAAAAAGACAGGAAAUACAAGAGAUGAUAUGUUUCACUCAGAUAUUUAUUAUUUCUUGAAUAGAGAAAAUGGCAAACAUUCAAAUGUGUUGUAAACAAACUGUACAUUUAUACACAAUCGUAAAAGGUUUGCUUUGCUUUACUGCCGCAAAGAGACAAACCCCAAAACCCACAAAAUAAGAUGGAGGAAUGCAAACAUUGUUUCCCGUGUUCUUAAAACAACACGGCAACACGAUACGUUUGUUUCUAUGCUUCGGUCUAAAAACAGAUGUCGAUGACUGACCGAGAUUAAAAAAGGAAGAAAAGAAAAAGCACGAGAGGAAGUGUUCACAUUAUAGCCAUUUUUUGUAACAAGGACUACUUUUUUCCCUUUUUUGACUGGGUCAAUAAAAAGUGAAAGAA